CAAAGGGUACCAUACAUAGGCUUGAGCACACAACUCCAGCCCCAUCUUAUAAUCACUCUCUCUCUCCUAAGCUAUCCUCAUCUCCCAGUUAGUAGUCGAAGCAAAACCCUAGUAUUAAAAUCAUGGUCGGACCCUCGCCUGACCUCACCAAGGUCACCAUCAUCAAAUUCCUCUGCAGCUACGGCGGCAAAAUCCUCCCCCGUUACCCCGACGGCAAGCUCCGUUACCUUGGCGGCGAAACCCGUGUACUCGCCGUUCCCCGCUCUAUUUCCUUUUCCGAGCUGUCGUCCAAGCUGACUGAGUUGUGUGGGCCAUCAGUGACGGCGGUUAGUCUCCGCUGUCAACUACCCACCGAAGAUCUCGACGCCCUCGUGUCCAUCAAGUCCGAUGAGGAUCUCGUUAAUCUCAUCGAGGAAUACGACAGAGCAGCCUCUUCCGCUAAUAUGAAGAUCAGAGCAUUCCUCUCACUCAUCCCCACCGCCAGGACACCCAAAAGCAUUUCAUCCCCUUCAACUUCCUCGGCCUCCGCCGCCUCCACGACGUCGUCCUCCGGCAACUCCUCGUCGUCAAAUAACUACUUCAGUGCUGCUUCCGGGUCCACCCCAAGAUUUCCCAUGCCGUCCUCCACUCCCGUUGACCGUUGCCUCCGUCAAAUGCCGCCCCAGCCAUCCCCGUCAACGGUGCCGUUUCAGAGACCCCCCUCCAAGGUUCCUCACUGUGCUAAUAUUUACCAUGCUCGCCAAGGCCACGGAAGCAACAGACGUGCAAGUACUACCGGUAGUCGUCCCUACCUCGUUCACAACGGCAAUCACUGGCAAUAGCAUCCUUUGCAUGGUCGGAGUUCCGGGCUACAAAAUUACAAAUAUGCCACGGCCGAUUAAAACAAGUUAAAUACUACAAAACCCUAAAAUUUAAAAACACAAAAAAAAAAUAUAUCAGAUAUAUAAAAUAUCUGAUCAAUCAUGAUGUAAUUGGAAAUAUGGAGCUGUAAUCGUUCAUCAGAUGGACUGCUUUUGAAUAUCCGUGGCGAUUAAUGAACUUCGGUCCUAUUUCGUUU